CUCCAAUCUUGUUCGGUGUCCCUUUUUUUUUUGUGGUCGAAAUCCCACCGCCAGGCUGUUUCCCUACAAUAAUGAAGUAAAAUCUUUGAUUUCACAUGCGAACAAAGACUUAAAAAGCAAAAGCAAGAAGAACUAGUUGUUUGGUCUAAAGAAAAAUAGCAAGCCUGGGCAGCUUUUGGCCUCUCAUAUCUGGUGGUGAAUAGCAGUAAGAAUGGUGGUUCCUGAGGGUGCAAUUGUUGUGGAAGUUCUUAACAAGGGUAACUAUGAGCAUUGGAGUGCAUUGGUUAAAAAUUACUUGUUGGCUCAAGACCUUUGGGAUGUAGUGGAGGCUACGGCUGAACCUCCUAUAGCAGAAGCAGAAGCUGAUCAGUUCGUCAAGGCUUGGAGGAAGAAGACUGCCGUGGCUUUACAUGCGAUCCAAAUUUCAUGCGGGCCAUAUGCGUUUUCAGUGAUUAAGGAGAUUACUUCAGCCAAAAUUGCUUGGGAUACUUUGGCAGAGAAGUUCAAGCCACAACCAUUUGUUCCAAGUAAUUCGCCUGUUCAAUCUGCAACCUCAUCAAACAACCCAGGAUAUUACAAUGACUUCCAUCAAUAUCAGCCGUUGUUCGAUGCUGUGUGGAGUGGGGAUCGGAAUAAAGCGAAGGAGUUUCUUAUCCUACAUCCCAAUGCAGUAAGAGCAAGACAUCCGUACUCAAACAAGACAGCUCUUCACAUGGCAAUAGAACUAGAGCACGAGCAUAUUGUGGAAGAGAUUGUGCAGUUGAUGACAGAGGAAGAGUUGGAAAUAAAAUUUUUAGGCUGCACCGCUCUUGCUCUUGCUGCAAAUCAAGGAAAUAUUAAAAUGGUAGAAUGCAUGGUUAGGAAGAGCAAGAAAAUACUUACUAUUCCCAUUGAGAACAACAAUUUGACUCCAAUUCUCUUGGCUUGUUUCAAUGAACAUUGGGAUGUCGUUCGUUAUCUCUACUCCGUCACUCCAAUCGAAGAUCUAAUGCCUGAGAAAGGUCCAUACGGCGCUGGACUUCUUUGCCAAUAUAUUUGUGCCAAAAAUUUUGACAUGGCACAAGAAUUAAUUCGGCGUUGCCCGCAACUGGUCCUUACUCAAGACACCUAUGGGGUAACCCCGAUACAUGCUUUGGCAUUUUUGCCUUCUGCAUUCCCAAGUGGCACACACCUCAAAUUCUGGCAACAAUGUAUCUAUAAAUGUAUACACAUAGACCCUUCUCGUGCCAUAAGUGAUGUUCGAUUAAGUGUUCAAAAUGAAGGAAACGAAGAAGGGAAUCGAAGGGAAAUUACUUGGUCAGUGCUAGGUUUAUUGCAAGGUCUGAUCUCGAAUCUUCAUGAACUUUUGGGAAUUAACCGCAUAUGUGAAAUGAAAUUGAUGCAUAUCCAAUCCCUGGAAAUUCUAGAUCGCAUGUGUGAAGUGAUAAGACCUUCAUAUGGUAAAGAAUUGGAAGAUGUAUAUGAAGCAAUCUUCCGAGCUAUCGAGCGAGGGAUUUUUGAGUUUGUUGAUCAUUUAUUAAAAGAAUGUCCACAUCUCUGGCGGGCUGAAAACCGAAUGAGAAAGAAUAUAUUUCAUUUUGCCAUUGAAUGUCGUCAAGAAAAAGUUUAUAGCCUGAUUUAUAGACUUGAUAAGAGAAAAAGAAGUUGGAUUGGAAAUGUUUCAGAUAGUUCUAACAAUGGCAUGUUACAUGUAGCAGGGAUGCUAUCCCCAUUAGCAAAGCUUGAUACUAUCUCAGGUGCAGCUUUGCAGAUGCAGAGAGAAUUGCAAUGGUUUAAGGAGGUGGAGACUAUGGUAUUUCCCAGGCUCAGAGAAGCUUUAAAUGCCGAAUAUUUGACACCACGUGUUUUGUUUACCAAGAACCACAAGGACUUGGUGAAGGAAGGAGAAAGGUGGAUGAAAGAAACCGCAACAUCCUGUACAGUUGUAGGUGCUCUCAUUAUUACCAUCAUGUUUGCUUCAGUAUUUACAGUUCCUGGUGGAAACAAUGGAGAAACAGGGCUUCCUAUAUUCUUGAGUAGAAAGUUAUUCAUGGUGUUUAUAGUUUCAGAUGCUAUAUCGCUCUUUUCUUCCACAACUUCUGUGUUGAUGUUUUUGGGAAUCCUUACAUCACGUUAUGCAGAAGAUGAUUUCCUCAAAUCUUUACCAACAAAGAUGAUAAUAGGUCUUUCCACCUUAUUCAUCUCUAUUGCCGCCAUGAUGGUUGCCUUCUCUUCUGCCCUUUUCAUUAUGAUCCAUGAACAAUUGUGGAUUGUUAUUCCAAUCAUUUUCCUCGCUAGUGUUCCAAUCACCUUAUUUAUUUGGAUGCAAUUUCCUCUUCUAGUUGAGAUUUUCAUUUCUACUUAUGGAAGCGGAAUAUUUGAUAGGAAAGUGAAACAAUGGACAUAAAUUCUUAAUUGUACGCGUUCACGAUAUUGUAUAACUUUCCUAAAGUUGUCACUUCUUAGAAGCUUAUUGUUGUACAUGCCACUUAUAUGUUUGGCGUCCUAUAAUAAAAACUCAAGGUACAAUAUCUAUUUUAUUUGAUCUUAUAAUUGUUGGA